AUAUUAUUUGCUACAGGAAAAUAAUUCAAUGCGCAUCUAGACUGAUGAAUCUUUUUUAAAAUGCGUUCUUAAAAAAAAAAAAAAUAAAAAUUGAUCAUUGAAAAAUCCACAAAAACCUCAUUAUGAAUUCAGUAUGGAAGACCAUCAUGUACAGUAUUCAGUGUUGCCUGUAACAAAAUUAGUAUGUUAAUAGCUCUCGCAUGUUUGGCUUUGUACUGAAGUUAUUUCAAAAGAUUGAUUUGGGCAUGUAUUUAAUAUGAGGGAGAAAGCUUGAACUGCACAUGCAAGAAUCCAACUAAAUUAAUCCCAGGAAAUCCCAUUCUAAAAUUAUCCACAAUCUCCCUAUGAGCACCCAAACACAGCAUCUUAAAAAAAAAAACAAAAAACAAAAAACAAAAAACAAAAAACAACAAACAAAAACCCACCACCUUUCUGAAGUUCAGGUGUCACUAACAACUUAAAAUCAACUACUUGCCAAUAUGGUUUUCGAUCUGAAACAGUUCUGAAUUUAUUUAAUUGGCCAGUAUUGCUGUUAGACAAUUUAUGAGCACCAAAAAGCUUUCAGGUACUAUAUUACAGAAAAGUACAGAGAAUGAGGGGGCUUAUUUAUGAGUAAUUAUAUUAACUGGAAAUGGUACUUACCCAUGUCCCUCUUCAUCCACCAGUAUAUGCUUUUCUUUUCCACUAACGGUACCCUAAGUCUAGAAGUUUGUACAGCAUACAUAUCCAAAGUCUCCAUUUCAUAUGGGGUUAGAACCUGCAGCAUUGGCUAUUUUAACUCUUCUUUUUUUCAUUAAGACAUACUUAUUAUAAGUAUCAGCUCUUUUGGAUUACUCUCUAUUUCAACUUCAGCGGUAAAUGAUGAAAGACACAUUCUAAGCUGUUCUCUGCUCUGAAAAAGUGCUCCUUUAAAAGCUACUUCUUCUUGCCUAUCCAUCUUUUUCCCCAAGAAAAAAAGUAUUUACUUUCUGAAACAUGGUCACUUAAUAACCACAGCAUGCAUUUGUCACCUUUCUCUUCUUCCUCCCCUAGCUUUUCUCCUUUUCAUAACUCUGCUUGCAUGCCAUUUUCUACAGUUGUUUCCCUACUCCUCCAUUCCCUCCCCUCCCUUCUCUGUUGCCUCUCCUCAGCUUUUUCUGCUUUACUUGUUAAAACUCUUCUCACAUCUGAUUCUUUCCCAGCUCUUCAGUUUUUGCCAGCGAGUGCAGGCUGGUACGUUGCUCUUGUACCCGGUGACACCUUCCAUGGGGCCUAGUGAUCUCUAAGGAGCAGACCGGGAAGGACAGCAAAGAUCUGUCCUUCCCUCAGAGGUGUAUGUGCUGCACUGAAUGUCUAUCUACACCACACACUACUUCAAACAUUCCAGGCAGGGAAGGACACUCAAAAGUCAUAGAAAUCUGUGAUUUUUGGUGGACUUUUUUUUUUUUAAGUUAUCUGAAACGGCUCAUGUUAUUUGUUCUUCACUUAGUGGCUGGUUUGUGGAUAAAAGCAGAGACAAUGACAGACAGCGAUGAGAUGACCAUCAACCUUGUUGUCCUCGGAAGAACUCAAACUGGCAAAAGCACCGUUGGGAACAGCCUGCUGGGCAGCUCAGACUUUGAGGGCCACCGCUCCCCAAGCUCCGUGACUACAUGCUGCAGCCUUGGGCGCAGCUGCCGCAUUUCGGGGAUCGUGAGAAGGCAGGGCUGUGAGCUAGCUCUCCGUGUCCGAGUGCUUGACACUCCAGGCUACCCUCACACUGGUUUGAGCCAAGAGCAGGUGAGAGACACAGUGAGAUCUGCCCUGUCUCACCACUUCGGGGAGGAAGGCCUGCACCUAGCUCUCUUGGUCCUGCGGGCUGACUUGCCUCUGUGUCCGGAUGAAAGCGAUCAUGCAGUUCAGUUCAUCCAGGAACUUCUGGGUCCCACAUGGAAGAAUUUCACUGCAGUUCUACUUACUCAUGCAGACAAGGCAGAAGAGGCUGGAUUCAGUGAGGAAGCAUACUUGCACAGUGCCUCAUGUACCCUGUUGUCACUUUUGAGCUCAGUACAGCAUAAAUACAUUUUCCUAGACAAUCAAAAGAGCUUAAUUAAAGAGGAAAGAUGUAUUGUGUUAAGAAAGCUCUUGAAUUUUAUAAGACAGAAUAAUUAUCAAGUGCUUCCACUUAAACACAGCAAGGAAUAAAAUUAGCUUUCAGGUGCUCUUUUGUCUCUUUUCUAUGGUAGGUAACAUUUCACAGAAAUAAAAGAGUAGAAGCCAUCAACUGGAAAAUUCCACAUCCAUACCAAAUACCUUUAAACACACAGUUGGAAAAACCUUUCAGAGAGUACCUCACACUACUGCAUCCAGAAUCCCAGCUUCAAACACAGAAUCAGAACAAGGCAGUGCUCUAAAUCAUGCUUCUAACACGUGUGCAUGUAGUCACAAAUGAGAUUCUACACUACACCAGAUUGUAUACUGCAGUUCACACAGAACACAGAUCUGAAAGAAGAAAAAAGUGAAAAACACACAUAAAUUCAGACUACAAGGGAGCUUCUUUUCUCAAUUCCUCAAAUUCAGACUACAAGGGAGCUUCUUUUCUCAAUUCCUCAAACUUUCAGAAGCUCCUCUGAAUUCCAACGUUUGGAAAAAGCUUUCUAGUAUCAAAAGCUAAGAUUUGUCUACUGUAAAAGUAUUUCCUUACUUUGAUUCAGAAUUAGUUAGAAUUAAGAUUUUGAACUUGAAGAAUUUUGUUCAUUAAGACAUUACUGGAUAUGUAGCUUACAAGGCAGAUAAAAUAGCUCCCAUAUGCCUUAUGCUAUUCAGCACAUUUAAAAGAACUAAUUACUAUUGUUUAUUCCCAGAUGCAUGAAAAAUUAACACAGUUUAUAGGCACAUACAAAACUCAUUUGAAAAAGAAAUUCAUUCAUCUCUUCUUUUGCGCCUCUUCCUUUUAAUUUUAUAUCAUUGUCAUUUUGUUUUCUUUCCCAGUUUAUUGGAUGAAGUUCAAAGCCUUCAAAAUUCAGAGUAGCUGUUUUUUUAAUUCUAGUGGCUAAAAAAGCACACAGUUUCAGGGGUUAGAUAGUGACCAGUUAAUUAAAUAAUAUAUGCCAAAAUACCUGAAGUAAUUCUAAAUAGUUAUUUAAAAUAUUUUUUGUGAAUUGCUCUAAGAUAGUUACUUUCAGAUUAUUAAAAGCUAGUAAUUAAAAGAAGAAAUUUGAGGCUAUUACCAUAGCAACCAUGACUACUUGUGCCACAUUGUUAAGGAAUAAUUCUAACUGUAAAACUUAAAGAAGCUAUUUCUGAUAAAACCAAAGCAUCUUUUGUACAAAUUAUCAUUGCAUAAAAGCACAUUAAAAGAAAAAAAUCAAUUCCUUUUACACCUUUUGGGGCACUGGCAACAGAUAUGUUUCUGGUAGUAUUUGACUAGCUCUGGCAAUGUAUUUGUUACACAUUCUUCCUUAGUGUUAUCUAUCAUUUGGAAGAAAAUAUCUAGGUGGACUAGAUAAAGAAAUAUUUUAGCAAAGCGACAGCUUUGGUCUUACUGACAUAUUAAACAGCUUAACUGUGGGACACAACUGUAUGUCCAUUUGUAUGUCUUAAGGCAUAAAGGCCCAUAGUUUAACCUUCACAUUACAAUUGUCUGCAGACUACUGACACAAUACAGCCAAGAACAAAGUUGCAGAGGCUUCUAAUAUAUUUGAAAACUGCUUGGAAGAGGAGAACUAUUAAAAGGUUACUACAAGAAGACAAUUGUGGUCUUCACUGACCACCUGCUACUCCUGCACCUCUUGAAGUGCAGUUAGCACACAAGGAAUGCAGCAGAAAUUUUUCCUUAUUGAGAUGCUCUUGCUCCAGAGAUCGACUAAGCCUUUUAGCUGUCCAGAAAAUGUGCUUGCCUGCUUGUAGUUCUACCAUGAACAAGCCUUGGCAAUUAAGUCUUGAGCACUGAGUGGUUAAUGACUCCUGACAACACUUAACCUCAAGGACAGC